GCGCGCACGCGAUCGCGCACGCGUUUCACGUCACGAUGUCCGCCGCUUCCGUUUUCGUCCCCUCCGUCGCGUUCGCCGCGAAACCCUCCGCGAAGUUUCGCGCGAAAGUUCGCGGUCGCGCCGCUCCCGCGCGAUCGACGACGAUUCGCGCCGGAAUCUUCGGAAAGAAAGAUGCUGAUCCUCCGCACGAUCCCGACAACCCAGGUUUCGACACCCUCUGCUUGCACGCCGGGUACACCCCGAUCGGGGAUGAAGCGACGUACGGCUUAGGCCAAGGCGCUUCCCGCGGCGUGCCGCUUUACCGCACCGCGCCGUACCAGUUCAAGAACACGGAGCACGCGGCGAACCUCUUCGCGCUCAAGGAACUCGGCAACAUCUACUCCCGCCUCAUGAACCCGACGACGCACGUCCUCGAGUCUCGCGUCGCGCAGCUCGAGGGCGGCCACCCCCUCGCCGGCCUCGCGACGUCUUCCGGGACGGCGGCGUGCUUCUACAGCAUCAUCACCCUCGCCCAGGCGGGGGAUAACAUCGUCUCCAGCAACAAGCUGUACGGCGGUACGUACACGCAGUUCAACGACAUUCUUCCCACGAUGGGCAUCACCGUCAAGUUCGUGGACGCGGAAGACCCGGAGAACUUCAGGGCGGCGAUCGACGACAAGACGAGGGCGGUGUUUUGCGAAACCGUGUCCAACCCCGCGCUCGAGAUCGUCGACCUCGAGGCCGUCGCCGAGAUCGCGCACGCGAACGGCCUUCCGCUCAUCGUCGACUCCACGUUCUCGACGCCGUACCUCACGAAGCCGUUCGAACACGGCGCGGACAUCAUCUGCACGUCGCUCACGAAGUGGAUGGGCGGCCACGGCACCGGCGUCGGCGGCAUGGUCAUCGACAAGGGCGGCUUCGCGUGGGGCGCGGGCAAGCACCCGCUGUUCGACAAACCGGACACGUCCUACGGCGGUCUCCGCUGGGGACACGACCUCCCGGACGCGCUCGCGCCGCUCGCGUACAAGCUCAGGAUGCUCACCGUGCCGCUGAGAAACCUCGGCGCGUGCAUCUCGCCGGACAACUCGUGGAUGUUCCUCCAAGGCAUCGAGACGCUGUCGCUUCGCAUGGAGCGUCACUGCGAGAACGCGAUGAAGGUCGCGGAGCACCUCAAGAAGCACCCCAAGGUCGCUUGGGUCAAGUACCCCGGCCUCAAGGACGACCCGCAGCACGCGAAGAACCUCAAGUACCUCAAGGGCAAGGGCGGUCCGAUGGUCAUCUUCGGUCUCAAGGCCGCGGACGCGCCCGCGGCUGGCAGGAAUUUCAUCGACAACCUGAAGCUCAUCUCCCACGUCGCGAACGUCGGCGACGCGCGCACGCUCGCGAUUCACCCGGCGACGACGACGCACUCUCAGAUGAACGCGGCGGAGCAGGCGGCGUGCGGGAUCCCGCCCGAGAUGGUGCGCCUCUCCGUCGGCAUCGAGACCUCCGGGGACAUCCUCGCGGACCUCGACCAGGCGCUCGAGAACGUGUAAAAAAAAAAAUGCACGCGUCGCGAGAGGAGGAGACCAACCGGAUCAUGAGCGUUAAUAGCCUUUUAUCACGUUUGUAAUAUACGUCUGAUAUGAAC